AUGUCUCCCAGCGUAAAUGGAUCAGCUGUUGCUGCUGAAGCUGUUCAAACCCUAGGUAAUUAUGACUUGGUCCGGCGCUUCAAAUUGGACUUCUCGGACGUGGUCGUGUCCAAGUGGAAGAGCCGGACUACGGGACUCACGGUGGUACAUCUGGAUUACGAAGCACCCAUUGUCAAUGGUUAUUUUGUCGUUGCGACCGAAAUAUUCGAUGACAGCGGCUGUCCCCAUACUCUAGAACACCUAGUGUUUAUGGGUUCGGAGAAAUACCCGUACAAGGGUAUCAUUGAUCACCUUGCCAAUCGUGGUUUCUCCAACGGCACCAAUGCUUGGACGGAUACUGACCACACAGCAUAUACUGUAUCCACUGCCGGCGAGCAGGGCUUCCUCCAGCUGCUGCCAAUUUAUGUUGACCACAUUUUGUACCCGACUCUGACCAAAGCUGGCUUUGUCACGGAAGUGCACCAUGUCGAUGGCGAAGGGCACGACUCUGGAGUCGUAUACAGCGAGAUGCAAGGUCGCGAGAAUACCGCUGGCGACCUCAUGGCCCUCAAAAUGCAGCGCUUGCUUAAUCCUCCCGGUAGCGCAUACCGCAGUGAGACGGGAGGACUCAUGGAAGCGCUCCGAGUUCUUACAAUUGAACAGAUCCGGAAGUACCACGGCACCUAUUAUGUUCCUCACAAUCUAUCAUUGAUCAUCUGCGGGAAGCUAAGUAGUGGAACGAAUUCCUUGUUGAAACUCCUGCAGGAGCAAGUAGAACCACGGAUCGUGGAGCAUGGUCAAAAUAAAGGGGUCAAGCCUCCAGGAUGGAAGAGGCCAUUUGUGGAGACCGCUAGUGCGAUCAGGCCUGGCAUCAAGGCCAAUGUCGUAGAACAUGUGGAAUUCCCCGAGAAGGACGAGAGCGUAGGAGAGGUCAUGAUCAGUUACGUGGGACCACCUCCAAAUGCUUUCAUCGAGAGAAAGGCGCUCGAUAUACUCAGCACGUACCUGACUUCUUCGCCUGUAGCGCCUCUCAAUAAGGAAUAUAUCGAGACGGAGUCGCCCUUAUGUACAUACAUCUACUUUGGUGAAGACACUCGCGCUACUCAUGUCGAUCUCCCUAUAUACAUUGGAUCUGUGCCUACGGAACAUAUCGACACGUUCUCCGAGAGAUUGCGGUCAAGCUUCAAACGUAUCGCGCAGGAGGGCUUCGAUAUGGAACGGAUGUCUAUGGUUAUCAAUCGCGAUGAGAGACAGCUCCUCAGCAAACUGGAGUCUGCCAAGGGUGAUACGUUCUCGGGAACAGUCAUCACUGAUUUCCUCUACGGGAAGGAGGAUGCGUCGGAGUUGUUACCCGCCAUGGACGAGAUCAACUACUACAAUGCUCUGAAGAAGUGGACGAACCAAGAUUGGGUGAAGCUCCUGCAGAGGCUAGUGUAUUAUAUUGACCCUCCGAGUGUCACCGUUGUCGGGAAACCUUCUGCAGCCAUGGCUGACAAGCUCGAAGUAGACGAGAAAGUCCGCAUCGCUGCUCAGAAGGAGAAAUUGGGGCCGGAAGGCCUCAAGGAAAAGGCGCGGGAGCUUGAAGAGGCAAAGAAGGAGCAUGAAAAACCCAUCCCCACCGAUAUCUUGACUGCCUUCCCGGUCCCCGACGUCAAGAGUAUCUCUUGGAUAACUGUGAAGAGUAUACAGGAGGGUGGUAAGGGCCGCUUGCCGUCCAAGUUCGACGCCGACCCGGAGUUAGUCAAGCACAUAAGUACUGAUGGCCAGCAGCUGCCGUUCUUUGUGCAAUAUGACCAUGUGCACUCCGAGUUCGUCACUAUUCACGCAUACUUCUCCCUCGCCAAGCUCCCGAAUCGCCUUCGUCCGUACCUUUCUGCUUACCUGGCUUCGUUCUUCUCCUUGCCUAUCAAGCGUUCUACGGGUGAAGAGCUCACCCACGAGGAAGUCGUGAACAAACUCGACAAUGAGACUGUCUCGUACGAAGUUAAUCUGGGGACUGCUAUACCGUCUGGGUUCCCCGAGCUUCUUCGUGUCAGCAUCAAAACCGAGGCCAAGAUGUAUGAAAACGGGGUUGCAUGGCUAAAGGAUCUGAUUUAUGGGAGCAAGUUUGACAAAGAAAGACUCCAAGUAACUGUGGCCAAGAUUCAGCAGUCCCUGCCUGAGCUGAAGCGCGACGGCAGCACCGUCAUGCAAUCAUUCCAGACGGACCUCAUCUACGAUGAGAGCUCGUCCACGCGGGCUGGAGGGCUCCUGGCUCAGAUGGACUUUAUUCCGAGUAUCACCCAGCGGCUACAGGAAUCACCCGAAGCUGUGGCUCUGGAGUUUGAGGAGUUGAGGAAAUAUGUUACCGAGCCGUCUGGAAUUCGUUUCGCUGUGGCUGGCAACAUUCUCGACCUUCCACAACCCCGCAGCAUAUGGCGGAAGCACUUUGGGAGCAUCAUACCUGAAACCCCUCUAGCGCCUGUCAAACUCUCGCAAGAGUCGCUGAGUCCUGUGGGUCGGUAUCCUGUAAAGAAGGCUGUUGUCGUCAGCCUUCCAACCAUUGAAAGUUCCUUCGUCACACAUACGACGAAGGGAAUCCAGGGUUUCGCUCAUCCCGAGUAUCCCGCUCUGAGGGUAGCAUCCGAAGUUCUCAACGCGACUGAAAGCUAUCUCUGGCGAUACAUCCGUGGCUCCGGUCUGGCGUAUGGUGCCUACGUCUCAGCAGAUACCGAAGCAGGGUUGAUCAGCUUCUCUCUCUACCGGAGCUCGAAUGCUAUCCAAGGCUUUGAACAGGCGGGCAAAGUAGUCCGAGGUCUCGUCGACGGCUCAAUUGAACUGGAUUCGACAACGAUCGACGCGGCCAAGAGCAGCAUUGUGUAUGGCGUGGCCAAAGCUGUGUCAACAGCUAGCAGAGCGGCCGCCGUGUCCUUCUCCAACCAGGCUUUGAAAGGUCUGCCACAGGACUACAACGUCAAGCUCCUGGAGAAGUACCAGGCAAUCACGAAAGAGGACGUGCUGGAGUCCCUGCGGAAGCACUUCCUCCCGCUAUUUGACGCUUCGUCAUCCAUUGCUGUCGUCGCAACCGCACCUGGCAAAGCGGACCAGAUCAGCGAGGGCCUGACUAAGUUCGGGUUCCAAGUUGAAAAGCGGACGCUGCAGGUUGAUCCCGAAGAGUUGGACGGUAUGGAUGAAGAUGGCAGCGAGUCUAGUGACAGCGAAGAGAGCGGUGAAAGCCGGUGA